UCGGCAUAUCUGAAGCUCCUUUUCUGGAUACAAGAGAUAUCCAUCGUGAAGAAUCAAAGGUCGGCUUAGGAGAAGCUACCCAACGAUGUUAUCCACGCCUAUCAAAGAUACAGACUCCUCUUUCAUACUUCCAUGCGAGACAUGUCAACGUUUUACUCUUUCUGAAAUUCAAUCGGCAACCCAAAACUUUGACGAGGCUUUAGUAAUUGGCCAGGGAGGAUUCGGCAAGGUGUAUAAAUGUUCCAAAAUCGGGUCUAUAACUGAAGUUGCAGUCAAACGGUUGCACUCCAUGUCCAAUCAAGGAGCCAAUGAAUUUGAGUCGGAAGUCAAGGUCCUCUCUAAGCUCCGACAUGGUAAUCUCGUAUCAUUAAUUGGUUAUUGCAAAGAAGAAAGAGAGAUGAUUCUCAUUUAUGAGUUCAUGCCGAAUGGGACACUUGAAGAUCAUCUUCGCACACCGAAUUUAUCUUUAUCCUGGUUACAAAGACUCAAGAUAUGUAUAGGAGCAGCUCGGGGGUUGGACUACCUUCACAUGGGUACAUCAACUCAACAUGGAGUCAUACACCGCGAUGUGAAGACUUCCAAUAUUUUGUUGGAUGCAAACUUUGCAGCUAAAAUUUCAGAUUUCGGAUUGGCAAAAGUUGGUUUAACAGAUCAAACACAAACUCAUGUGAGCACAGCUGUCAAAGGAACAUUUGGGUAUAUGGAUCCAUGUUAUUUCUACACCGGAAAAUUGACAAGAAAAUCCGAUGUUUACGCGUUUGGGGUUGUACUCUUCGAGGUGUUGUCAGGGAGAAAAGCUGUUGAUACCAGUUUUGAUGAAGAGCAAUGGGGUUUAGCUGCUUGGGCUCAACACCUAAUCAAAGAAGGAAAGAUUGAUCAAAUUAUUGACCCGAGAUUGGUUGGAAAACCUUCCAGAAAAUGCUUGAAGGAGUUUGCAAGCGUAGCAGGUCGUUGUUUACACACACAACCAAAACACCGCCCUACCAUGGCAGAGGUUGUGGUCAGGCUCGAGUCUAUUCUUUCACAAGAAAGAGAAAUCGCCAAUUCGGUUGUUGAUGAUGAAGGAUUCAUUUACAAGCUAAAAUCUCUUUUCAUUGGGAAAUUAGUUGUUGCUGCAAUUGGAAGCAAAUCUGAUUUCAUUGCGCAUCCUAAACCGAUAGUAGCUGAAAAUAAUGCUGCAAAACGAAAAAAUCCUUACAGAAGUUUUACAACUUUGUCGUACACUGAAUUGGUAAGUGCAAAAAAUGGUUUUGAGGACGAGGAACAUUCCCCAGAUUUUAAUAACUCCAUUUUUAAAGGUUGGGUUGAUAAAAGGACAUAUAUGCCAAACAAAAAAGGUGCUAAUGCUGCAAUUGGAAGCAAAUCUGAUUUAGUUGCGCACCACAAACCAAUAUCAACUAAAGUUGAUGCUGCAAUAGGAAGCAAUAGUACUAAUCAAAGAUUUAGAACUUUUACAUACGCUGAAUUGGCAAUUGCAUCAAACAAUUUCAAGGACAAGGAAUAUUCCCCAACUUUAAUGGAUUUCAUCUGCAAAGGUUGGGUUGAUGAAAGGACGUAUGCACCAACAAUAAAAGGUGUCGGUUUAGCGAUGUAUGUUACAAAAAUGGAGAUUCCAACACGAAAGCAGGACAUCAAACUAGAAGAUUUCAAUCAUCCAAACCUUGUAAAAUUCUUGGGAUAUUGCUUGAGUUAUCACGAACUAUUUUGUGUUUACGAGGUCAUUUCCGGCAUAACUUUGGAUAGAUAUCUUUACAGAGAGUCAGGUACUUCACUUUCUUGGGUUGCAAGAUUAAAAAUAGCAAAAGGAGCAGCCGAAGGCUUGGCCUAUUUACAUAAAAGGAACCAGCCAGCGUAUAGCCAAUUUAAGACCAAUCUUAUAUUGGUGGAUAAGGAUUUUAAUGCUUGGCUUUCAGAUUUUGCUUUUGUUACUCACACCUUCCCAUUAGAUGCAUAUUUUUAUGCAGCCCCUGAGUCUUUUUGUCACCAAGUAGACACAUUUGAUGGUCUUCACCCACUGCGGCUGCCUGAAGAUGGUUUUUCAAUUAAGAGUGAGAUCUAUGCUUUUGGAGUGGUACUGUUGGAAAUACUAACAGGAUUGAAGGUGUAUGAUAGGAGGAGACCCCUUGGAAAGCAAAACCUGGUGGAAUGGGCUCUUCCAUUGCUAGCAGAUGAGGUUAAUUUGAGUAUGAUCAUGGACCCACGACUUCAAAAUAUUGAUUUUCCUCCAAAGGAAGCAUUUAAGUUCACUCAACUUAUUUCAAACUGUCUUCAAGCAAAACAAGACAAACGCCCAUCAAUGAAAUACAUAGCGCAGGGCUUGCAUCAUUGCUAUCAAAAUGAAAUCAAAAACAAGUUUCACUCUUAGCACUCAAACAUAAUAGGUUGUAUGUAAUAGACAUGUAAAUCGGCUGAAUAAACAAGUAGGGAUGAUAGUAAUGAACGAAU